AAAAGCAAUAUGGAAAUGGGAAACCAAAGUAUCAUUUCAGAAUUCUUCCUCCAAGGCCUGCCCAUUGAACCAGAUCAACAAGACCUGUUCUAUGCCCUGUUCCUGGCCAUGUAUCUUACCACUGUUUCAGGGAAUUUCCUCAUCAUCAUCCUCAUUCAGUUGGACUCUCAUCUCCACACACCAAUGUAUCUGUUUCUCAGCAAUUUGUCUUUGUCUGACCUCUGCUUCUCUUCUGUAACCAUUCCAAAAAUGUUGUACAACAUGCAGAGCCAAGACCCAUCCAUCCCCUAUGCAGGCUGCCUGGUCCAAAUGUACUUCUUCUUGUUUUUUGCAGACCUGGAGAGCUUCCUUCUUGUGGCCAUGGCCUAUGACCGCUAUGUGGCCAUCUGCUCCCCACUGCACUACACCACCAUCAUGAGCCCCAAGCUCUGUGUCUCCCUGGUGGUGCUGUCCUGGGUGCUGACUACUUUCAUCUCUUUGUUGCAUACUCUGCUCAUGGCUCGGCUGUCUUUCUGUGCUGAUAAUGUGAUCCCCCACUUUUUCUGUGACAUGUCUGCUCUGCUCAAGUUGUCCUGCUCUGACACUCAGAUUAAUGAAAUGGUGAUAAUUAUCUUGGGAGGGCUUGUUGUUAUUGUUCCAUUUUUUUUGAUCUUUUCAUCUUACACACGAAUUGUGUCCUCCAUCCUCAAGGUCCCUUCUGCUAGGGGCAUCCACAAGGCCUUCUCUACCUGUGGCUCCCACUUGUCUGUGGUCUCACUGUUCUAUGGGACAAUCAUUGGCCUCUAUUUGUGCCCUUCAUCCAACAAUUCUACUUUUAAGGAGACAGUCAUGGCUGUGAUGUACACUGUGGUGACUCCCAUGUUGAACCCCUUCAUCUACAGUCUGAGGAAUCAGGACAUAAAGGGAGCUUUGCUAAGAAUCUUUUCAAAAUGGACAAUUCAGUUUUCUCUGAGAUAGUGACUCUAAAGAUUAAAGUAUACUUUCAAACAGUAGGUUUAAUAAUGACAAUGAGUAGUAUUCUGCAGGUAGUGGCACUCAACCUCAGCACUGGCAAUGCAGCCCCCAGAGCACUUCCAGGGGAAGUUUCCCCACAUGUCACUAGGGGAAGAUCAUUGUGGUCUUGUGUUUAUCACUGUAUCUUGGGUAUGAUGUGGCACAGGCUUGAUCAAAUAAUUAUUCAACCAUGAAUAAAUACCAUUCAAUCUAGGUAUUUAUCAGACUUAAAGAAUGGACAGUAAGGACUUCUGACCAAGAUGGAGGUAUAGGUAGACACACUGUGCCUCCUUGCACAACCAAAAUAAGGACAACAAAAAUUUAGAAACAAAAUAACAACCAGUACUGACAGAAAAUUGAACUUAUGGAAGUCUGCCAACCAAGGAGUGAAAGUAGACAAAUUCAUCCAGACCGGUAGGAGGGGUGGAGUCAGGAAGAGAGGGGUCAUGGCAAAAAAA